UCGGUGCCUCGGUAUAUGCCACUCGAGUACGCCUGCGUGCCGUGUCGACUCCGGCUGUUUUUCUUUUAUUCGGUGUCGACGCACACCUACCGCCCUCGCGUCGCCCCGUUUGUCUCCCCGCUCCGCCCUUUCGAUUGGCAAAUGGAUCUGGGGGCUCCGCCGUCGCAUCGGCGGCGCUUCCUCGCCGUCGCCCUCGUCUUCCUCUACCUGUUCGCCUCCUCCCAUUGCAUCGAUGCGGAUAGAUCGGCCGGCUGGAGGAGGAAGAGGUCCAAGCACGAGAUCAAGGGCCCGAUCAAGACCGUCGUGGUGAUCGUGAUGGAGAACCGGUCGUUCGAUCACAUGCUCGGCUGGCUCCGCUCCAAGGGCGGCCGGCACGACAUCGACGGCCUCACCGGCCGCGAGUCCAACCUCCUCAACGCAUCCGACCCUUCAUCUCCUGAGGUCUUUGUCUCCGACGGCGCCGUCCACGUCGACUCUGAUCCCGGUCACUCCUUCCAGGCCAUCCGCGAGCAGAUCUUUGGGUCCGAGGACACCUCCGCGUCGCCUGCCCCAAUGAACGGGUUCGCCCAGCAGGCUGAGAGCAUGGGCGAGGGCAUGGCCGGUACCGUCAUGCGCGGUUUCGCCCCCGAGAAGGUUCCUGUGUUCUCCGCCCUAGCGGAGGACUUUGCCGUGCUCGAUAAGUGGUUCGCCUCCGUCCCGGCCUCCACCCAACCCAACCGCUUCUACGUCCACUCCGCCACAUCCCACGGUGCCACCAGCAACGUGCGCCGAGACCUCAUCCAUGGCUUCCCUCAGAAGACCAUCUUCGAUUCCCUUGACGAGGAAGGGCUCAGCUUUGGCGUCUACUACCAGAACAUUCCCGCCGUGCUUUUCUACAAGAGCCUGCGCAAGCUCAAACACCUUACCAAAUUCCACAGCUACAAACUCGCCUUCAAGCAACAUGCUAAGCUGGGCCGCCUGCCCAAUUACGUCGUCAUCGAGCAGCACUACUUCGACGUAAAGCUCUCCCCGGCCAACGACGACCACCCCUCCCACGACGUCGGCAGAGGACAGAGGCUUGUAAAGGAGAUAUAUGAGACCCUUCGAGCGAGCCCGCAGUGGAAUGAGACGGCCCUGCUCAUCACCUACGAUGAACAUGGCGGGUUCUACGACCACGUGCCUACUCCUGUCACAGGGGUGCCCAAUCCGGACGGCAUCAUUGGCCCCGACCCCUUCUAUUUCAAGUUCGAUAGGUUGGGGGUUAGGGUUCCUACCAUCCUCGUUUCCCCUUGGAUCAAAAAGAGAACUGUGAUCCACAAACCUAAAGGGCCUUAUCCAGAUUCACAGUUUGAGCACUCUUCUAUCCCUGCAACUGUAAAGAAACUAUUCAAUCUGAACUCCAAUUAUCUCACAAAGAGGGAUGCUUGGGCUGGGACUUUUGAAAGCUACUUCAACCUCAAGGCACCACGAACUGACUGCCCAGAGAAACUCCCUGAAGUCGAGUUGCUCAGGCCUUUUGGAGCUAGGGAAGAUAAAAUUCUGUCAGAAUUUCAGGUGGAGUUGAUCCAACUUGCUUCUCAGCUUAAUGGCGACCAUGUGCUCAACACCUAUCCGGACAUUGGCAAGGGCAUGACUGUCGGUGAAGCAAACAAGUACGCCGAGGAUGCAGUUGCAAGGUUUCUCGAAGCUGGCAGGGCUGCGCUGAGCGCUGGAGCAAAUGAGUCUGCCAUUGUCAUGAUGAGGCCUGCUUUAACUAGCAGAACCAGUGAAUGGCUGUCAGAUGACACCGUCCAAAUCGUUUAAUCCUCGACACGAACAUUGAUCGUUAAGCCUUCUGUACACUCUGGUAGUUUGCCCAACUGUAGUAAAUGAUUGCUGAGGAAGUUUACAUGCGAAUGAUCAAUCUUGCUCACACGGUGUUUACAUAUGCCAGGGAUUCUUUAUAGGAAAUUUAUAGGUAAUUGCAUGUACAUCUUCUGUGUUUCGGAUGAAACAUGGAUGAUUAUUAAAGAUUUGUGUUGUCAGACAUUUUUAUACGAGAUGCACAAAAGUUGCUACUAUUUUCCCAAA